AUGCUUUACCUGAUCGGCCUGGGCCUGGGCGAUGCCAAGGAUAUCACAGUCAAGGGCCUGGAAGUGGUGAGGCGCUGCAGCCGCGUGUACCUGGAGGCCUACACCUCGGUCCUGACCGUAGGGAAGGAAGCCCUGGAAGAGUUCUACGGAAGGAAAUUGAUUCUCGCUGACAGAGAAGAAGUGGAGCAAGAAGCCGAUAAUAUUUUAAAGGAUGCUGAUGUCAGCGAUGUCGCGUUCCUUGUGGUUGGUGAUCCAUUUGGGGCUACGACACACAGCGACCUGAUUCUGAGGGCCACCAGCCUGGGCAUCCCGUACCGCGUCAUCCACAACGCCUCCAUCCUGAACGCUGUGGGCUGCUGCGGUCUGCAGCUGUAUAAGUUUGGAGAGACAGUGUCCAUUGUUUUCUGGACAGACACGUGGAGACCGGAGAGCUUCUUUGACAAAGUGAAGAAGAACAGACAGAACGGCAUGCACACGCUGUGCCUGCUGGACAUCAAAGUGAAGGAGCAGUCGCUGGAAAACCUCAUCAGGGGCAGGAAGAUCUACGAACCUCCUCGCUACAUGACCGUGAACCAGGCGGCCGAGCAGCUGCUGGAAGUGAUUCGGAACCAGCGAGCACGCGGAGAAGAGCCAGCGGUCACCGAGGAGACGCUGUGCGUGGGCCUGGCCAGGGUGGGCGCCGAAGACCAGCAGAUCGCCGCGGGCACGCUGCAGCAGAUGUGCUCCGUGGCCCUGGGAGGGCCGCUGCACUCCCUGAUCAUCACCGGGGGCAGCCUGCACCCGCUGGAGCUGGAGAUGCUGAGUCUGUUCCCCGUGGCCGAGGGGCCCCGCACGUAG